AGAAGUGUUUCCUUAAAAUAAAUCUUGCAGCUUGUCUCUGAAAGAAAAGAAAAGAAAGGAAACAAAAACUGCUGAAGUGACAAUGGGUAGUUUUGAUUGACCUAUUUUCAGUGGUCCAAUAGGUUUGCAGUUAAACUCAUAUUCAGAAAAGUCAGUAUGCUGCUUAUUCCUAGACGACCCUCUCCAGUCUAACACAGCCUGUGUUCCUUAACUGUAAUCUGUAGGUUUAGAAAGUGUGCCAUCAGACAUGUAGGUGCAGGGUUAGAAAAUAUGUCUUACUUCAGCAAACAAACCAAAGAACAAUGCUGACUGGGAGUUGGGCCGUGACCGUACUUGACAUAAAUAAGAAGUACAUGGCCUCCUGUACUCACGCCAGCUGGUCAUCAGCUGCUGGGUCGGCUUUCCACAGAACCGCAAUGCUGAGAAGAGGCAGAAACGGCCGGGCUCGGCAUUUGGCCUGGAGUCAAACAUGGCAAGAGACAGAUGCCAUGGCAGUGAUCCAUUCAUCAGACAGAGAAGAGCUGGGGGAUCAGACAGUCACAAAGAUCAAUGACUUGGAGUCCACGGUGGAUUACCGCUCCAGUUCCCAGAUUGUUUCCAAGGUAGUGGCCUUGCCCUGCACGAUGCCAGUGAAAGGGGAGCCUUUCUGCCACUGUGACCCAGAGGAAGAGCUCAGCCCGGCUUUCAGCAUCAUCAGUGACGGCCUCUAUGCGGAGGAGGAUCAGGGUUUUGACUGGGUGUGGGAUGAUCACUUUAAGUCCUCUGGAGCCUUUCUGAGCUGUGACAACAGGAAGGUGAGCUUUCACUCAGACUACAGUUGCGGCACCGCUGCAAUCCGUGGCAACAAGGAGCUCACAGACGGCCAACACUACUGGGAAAUCAAGAUGACCUCUCCAGUCUAUGGGACUGAUAUGAUGGUGGGAGUUGGAACUUCAGAGGUGAACCUGGAAAAGUUCAAAUACAACUUUGGCAGCCUGCUGGGCCAUGAUGAAGACAGCUGGGGGCUCUCCUACACAGGUCUGCUCCAGCACAAAGGGGACAAAUUGAAAUUUUCUUCUCGGUUUGGUCAAGGCUCAAUCAUUGGAGUGCACCUUGAUACGUGGCACGGUACCCUCACCUUCUACAAGAACCGACACUGCAUAGGUGUGGCUGCAACAAGGUUGCAGAAUAAGAAGUUCUACCCCAUGGUGUGCUCCACAGCAGCCAAGAGCAGUAUGAAGGUGAUCCGUGCCUGCUAUACACCCACCUCCCUGCAGUACCUUUGCUGUGCAAGGCUGCGCCAAAUAUUGCCCUGCUGCCCAAAUAUGCUUAAUGCCCUGGAUCUACCUCCAGGCCUGCGCAUCCUCCUCCACAUAAAGCUGGGCUGGCUCUUCACCCUCAGCAGCAGCCCUGAACCCUCAGAGGAACCUGAGGAUUUCGGAAAGGCAAGCCUGCCUUCAAGCCCCAACCCGAGCGCAAGCCCGGUAUCCAGUGCCUGUGCCUCCCCCAGCCCUUGCACCAGUCCGAUUCCUGAUACGGACCCUUACCAGUCACCUCAAACUCAUUCCAGCACUUGCUGCUGCCCCCCAACUCCUCCCAGCAGCGACUACGACAGCUGCUGCUCCGAGCCAGAAGAUUAUCAGUGCAAACGAUGCCGUUGGACAUGACCCAAUAGUUGAGAUGUUGGAAAAAUUUGGCACACAGCUUUUCUACCAUUGCCAGCAACUCCUCCUGUUGUUAAACACGGAGAAAACUCUUUUAGCCGAUAUUUGAGCGGCUAAUUGCUUAUUGCUUUCUGUCUAACAAUCAUCCAGAUAACGUAAACGAACAAGAGCAAAGGAGUGUGUAGUGCGUGAAACGAGGCCUGCUACUGUUUAAAGAGAUUAGACUGAGAAAGAAGCGGCAAACAAAUGAAAACUUCUGAAAAAAGUGUAGACUCCAGGAGGAGCAGAAGUGCUUUUUUGAUACUGUGAAACAGAUUUUUUUUUUGUAAAUGUUUUGUAAUCAUCAUUUUGCUUAAAUGUCAAAGGUGGCCGUCUUGUUGUAUGCAAGAUGAUUUGCUAUUCAACAGUCUUUUUCUAUUUCCAGUUUUUACUACUUUUGUUUAUGGACUUUCUUACUCAGGUAAUUCUAUAA